AUGCUCGCUGCCUUCGCACCCCUUCAUCUCCUUCCUCUUCCAUCUCCUUCCUCUGACAUCCGAACAAAGCUAGCAACAAGAGCUUCCUCGUCUUCCUCCAGUCUCACCACGGGGCGGUUCUCGAUCCUUGGACGGAGGAAAGGCCGUCUCGGGGAGGUUCGAUGCUCAGGUACCGAAGGGGGAGAAGUAGGAGAGCCGGGUGCAGACUGGAGGAGCUUCCGUGCGAAGUUGGUAGCGCAGGAGAAGAGCAGCAGCACGUCCCUACACGACAGCGACGAAUGGGCCUACAAUGCAGGGGAGUUCGUGGAGCAAGGGAGCGUGCUCCUGGGAGGCAGCGAGACAAUGCUGGGGUUCGGCCUCCGCCAGCAGUACUUUCACAAGUGCGUGCUGCUGGUGCUCUACCACAACAAGGACUUCACCAAGGGUGUGAUCAUCAACCGACCGACGCUCAUGACGACGAAGCGAGGAUGGAGGAGGUGGUACGGCGGGGACGUGCAGGGCAUCACGGCGCCGGAGUUCGUGCAGGAGGAGGUCUGCCUCCAUAGGAUUCAGCACCCUGCAGCUCAGGAGGUUUCAGCGACGGUGAUCGAGGGUGUUUCCUACUGCUCGUUGCAAGAUGCCGAGAGGCUUGUUGAGGCUGGUGUCGCCAAGAAAGAAGAUUUCUGGCUGCUCGUCGGAUAUGCAGGCUGGGCUCCUGGGCAGCUUCAGAACGAGAUUGACCAGAGGAACAGCUGGCAUGUUGCUUCUGCCUCGUCAGUGCUGCUGAACCAACUUAUCAACCAGGCCGCAACAGCAGACACGAUGGAUGCUGGGAUCAGCGUUUGGGAGACGUUGAUGUCGAAGAUCGGACUGAAGGAGAAAAUCGAGCAAGACAAACACAAGUUUGCAGACGAAAUGCUGCGAGAGUGGACCAGGACUUUGCUUGCGGAUCCAAAACCAGACAGCAAGGCAGUUGAGAAACUCCUUGAAGCUGCAAGAAGAAGGCAAGAAAGGAACACAAAGAUCAACUUCAAGAACGAUCAAGCAAUUAAGAAACGGCGUGUUCACUUCGGCGGGGAGUACGCCUUUGGGUCCUCCUCCUCCUCCUCUGCUGUCCUCUGGCUCCACGGGUCAAAAGAUCUCCUGGCCGCUGGAUGCGGCAGCCUCGUUGCUAAGGAGGAGGCGGAUGGAGAGAAAUACUUCAUCUGCAAGUGCUCGGGAGCAGACGCCGUCAAGGCAAUCAGCAGGAAAGAAGCGUCUGAGGAUGAUUUCAUGCUCAUCACGGGCUUCUGCAUCUGGCCAAAGGGCAAACUUGCUGUCGAGACCACAAGGCAGCAGGCGUCAAAAGGCCUCACCCUCCCCGAAGGAGGUCUUGAGGCUGAAAUUGACGCCGGAAAGUUUCACGUCCUCGAUCGCUUCUCCUACGACGACUGGCAGAAACUUGUGCAGCAGGCGGAUCCCGCUGAGAGUUUGGUGGACAACGGGACUGGAGUAUGGGAGACAGCGGCAGGAGGGGAGGAGAGGAGGAAGAUAGAAGGAAACCAGGAGGAGAGGAGGAGGGAACAGCUGGCGGACGAGGCUCUCGAAGAAUUCGUCCGUCUCUUUCUCUCCUCAUGA